CCUCCCCCUCCCCCUUCCGCCUCCGCCAUGUUUCUACGCCGGGUCCGGCUUGGGCUUCCCCCGUGAGGAAAUGGCCGGGGAGCUCCAGGAAACCCAAGCGCCGUGCUUGCUCCGGCGCAGCCUGGGCUGACGACUCAGGUUGGCGGCUUGAACCCGAGCAGUUCUACGCAGGCUAGGGGAGGCCAUGGCGUCCGGCAGUAACUGGCUGUCUGGGGUGAAUGUCGUGCUGGUGAUGGCCUACGGGAGCCUGGUGUUUGUACUGCUGUUUAUUUUUGUGAAGAGGCAAAUCAUGCGCUUUGCAAUGAAAUCUAGAAGGGGACCUCACGUCCCGGUGGGACACAAUGCCCCCAAGGACUUGAAGGAGGAGAUUGAUAUUCGACUGUCCAGAGUUCAGGAUAUCAAGUAUGAGCCCCAGCUCCUUGCAGAUGAUGACGCAAGAUUGCUACAGCUGGAGACCCAGGGGAACCAGAGUUGCUACAAUUAUCUGUACAGAAUGAAAGCUCUGGAUGCCAUCCGUGCCUCUGAGAUCCCAUUUCGCACUGAAGGCCGGCAUCCCCGUUCCUUAAUGGGCAAGAAUUUCCGCUCCUACCUGCUUGAUCUGCGAAACACUAGCACUCCUUUCAAGGGUGUGCGCAAAGCCCUCAUCGAUACCCUGCUGGACGGCUACGAGACAGCACGCUACGGAACAGGGGUCUUUGGCCAGAAUGAGUACCUGCGCUAUCAGGAGGCCCUGAGUGAGCUGGCCGCCGUGGUGAAGGCACGAAUGGGAAGCUCUCAGAGGCAACACCAAUCAGCAGCCAAGGACCUCACCCAGUCCCCCGAAGUCUCCCCAACAACCAUCCAGGUGACGUACCUCCCCUCGAGUCAGAAGAGCAAGCGUGCCAAGCACUUCCUCGAAUUGAAGAGCUUUAAGGACAACUAUAACACCCUGGAAAGCACUCUGUGACGGAGCCGAAGGACUCUUGCUGUAGACUGAGCCAGAUGCAGUGUGCAAGACGAUCUACUCCCCGGGCCGCCCCCCGGGGGUGUAGCUGAGCAGGCUGGGACAGAUCAGAUGACACUCCCGGGCGUCCGGAGGUCAUCUCCAGCCCUUUGUCACAGACAUUUUCAGAUCCUCAACUCACUUUAUUUCCCUUAGUAGCACUUUUUCUGGAUUUGAAUUCAGAUGUCAUUCUUAAAUGUUUCUGUCAAAAAUUCCUUAAAAAUCUUUACUUGGUGGGCAACAAACACCACGAUACAACACGUAAAGCACCAAGGCUGGAACGUACACAUCACAUAUCGGAGUGCUGGCUCAAGUUCUGGCUGCUGCUCUUCCAGUGCAGCUCCCAGUACAGUGCUCCCGGGAGGCAAUCCAAGAUGACCCGAGUACCCACAUGAGAAAACCAGAUGGGAACUUCUGAUUCCUGGCUUCUUCCCUGCCCAGUCCCUGCUGUUGCAAGUAACUGAGGAGAGAGCCACCAGAUGGAAGAUCUGGCACUCUGCUUGUCAAAUAAAAAUCUUUUUAAAAAGUUUCUUAAAAAUAUCUUGCAGCCGAUGUUGUGGCACAGUGGAUUGUGCUAGCAUUCUGUAUUGGAGUCACAAAGUACUGGCUGCUCUGUUGUCUACCUAGCUUCCUGCUAAUGUGCCUUGGAAAACAACAGAAGAUAGUCCAAGUACUUGGAUCCCUGUCACCUGUGUAGGAUCUGAAUGGAAUUUCUACUUCCUGGCUUCAAGUUGGGCCAGCCCUAGCUAUUGUGGCCAUUUGGGGAAUGAACCAGCGGUUGAAAGAUACCCCUCCCCUCACCAUUUCUCAGACCUUCAAAUAAAUAUUUAAA